UGCACCUCUUCGGACGUCGUGGAAACUGGGGCUGAAGCCUCCGAAAUGACGGCUGAGGAGACGCGACUAGUGCCGCCCGCUUCUUCUACCCCUUCGGAUCGUCAACCCCUGCCCAUUGGUUCUUCCACUCCGACCGCCGGGGCGGCCGUUUCCGUGGCCCCCUUCUUGCCCAGACUGGAGUUUACCUUUUCUUCGUAA